AUGUGGAGCGUGGCUGGGUGGGAACUGCGGGUGUUCAUCCCUGUAGAGUGCCCGCCAACUGCGCAGGAGGAGAGGGAGGGAGGAGAAGACGCCGUGCUCGACGUCUUUCGAUGGGCCAAGCGCCACAAGAAGGAUUUGAAGGCGAAGUGGAAGGAAGAAGAGGAGAAGCGCAAGAAGAAGGACAAGAAAAAGGACAAGAAGGGGAAGAAGGACAAGAAGAAGGACAAAAACAAGGAGGAGAAGAUCCAAGAAGAUGGAGAUGAACAAAAGAAGGGCAAGAAGGGCAGCAAAAAGAAACAGGGAGGCGGACCCAUCGAGCGGCGGACGGACUUCUACCUCCACAUCGCCCCCUCUCGCCCUUCUCGCGCUACACGGCAGCUUGCCGUGAGUGAAGAAGAAGAUGGCGUAGCGGCGUUGGCAUCACCCACCGACUACGAUGACGACGAAGCGGCCCUGGGGCGGUGGGUCGAAGAGGGCUGCGGCCUCAAGCUGCGCGGAGGCCCCUGGGGUCACCAGCUCGAGCUCAAGGUUCGCACCGCCUCCGCCGAAGCCGAUGCCGCUGGUGACGACCCGCUACUACACGCCGAGCGGUGGGUCAAGCUGGCCCUGCCGCGGGUCGGCAGCAGCGACGAGGUGGUCGCGCUGCCCCCGCGCACCGUGGCCGACCUGGUGGUCCUCCACCGCGCCAUCGCCGCCGCCGUCGUGGCCGACGAUGGCGACAACGCCGGGGGUACGUGGCUGGGCGGCGGCUGGCGCGGGCUCGUAAGGGCGGCCGGCGAGUUCGUGCGCCACCACCUGUCGUCGUCGUCGUCGUCGCAGCACGAAGAGGAGGUCGCGCGCGAGCGUGCCCAGGUGGCCGUGGCGCGCCAGGCCAUCGGGCGGCGACUGAUGAUUGCAGCGGGCGUGGCCGGAGGCAAUACAGCAUCGCCGGAUCAUCGCCACCACGAGGUUGAGCCCGAGCCCGAGCCGCGUGAGCCAAACGCGCUCGACGGGGAUUCGCCAGCAUCAACGUCGAACGAACCGUCGGCGUCGGCGUCGGCGUCGUUGGCCGAUGCCGAGCGUGUGGAGGCGGAGGCGGAGGCGGCGGCGGAGGAGGCGCUGCUGUGCGGGGUGUGGCAGGUGGACAAGGCCCGACGGCAGCGCAACGUCAAGUGGCCGGUGGCCCGGCCGAAGGAAAAGAAGACGGCAGCGGAAGAGGCGGCGGAUGAGGAGGAGGACGGCGGCGGAGUGGAGGUGCUGGUGGUGGAGCAGACCGAUAUCUCCACCUUCACCUACCGCGCGAACGCAGCACAGGGCGACGAAGGGGUGGUAGGCGAUGAGCGGCACGAGGAGCUGAGCGCGGAGCAGCGCGGAGACUUCGUGUCGGUGUGCGUGGAGGGCGGCAGUCCCGAAGUGCUCCGCCAUUUCAUGGCGGCCUUCCUCUCUUCGCUUCCUCCCUCUCGGGCUGGGUGGCAGGGCUGGCCCACCACCAACACCCACAAGGGCCAGCCACAACCCACACUGGGCAAGCCAGCUGAGCUCCUCUCUGUUGCCUUGGGAACCAAAAACUAG